CGCGUUGGGAAUCAUUGAAUUUCGUCUGAGAGUAAACAAAUAUUCUGUUGAGAUUAUUUUUAAUGAGAUUUGUUAAUAUUCGUGUAUUCGUAUUCAAUACAAUGUUUAUGUGAAAUUCUCAAUUUGAAUAGCUUGUGGAUCAUACUGACUUGUAAUAGAAACGUUCAACAAUAUCGUCCACAAAACAACUAACGAACAUAAAAAUUGGUUAACAAUUUUACAAGUAUUCAGUGGCCACCUUAGUCAUUUGAUUAAGAUACUUAAACAUGGCCAAAUCAGACGGAGGAAACUCGCUGUGCUAGUGCAAAUAACAGUGACGUCGCUGUUAUUGCACCUGAAAUUAAUUUAUUCGGACACACAAACCUGCGUGCAUACAUACAUAAGAACGAAAUGAGAUUCAACAACCCACAUAAAAAACUCGAGCAAACGCAAAAUUCAACAUAAAAAUAAUUGAUUAACUUUAAUAAACACUCACAUUGGUUAAAGUCAAAAGCGCCAGUAGCUAAAGUAAAUAUGCUUGACCCUGGUCCACCACCGUCGUUAUUAUUGCUGUCGAUGUCGCCUUCAACUAAAUAGAAAUACUCAGCAACGUUGCGUACAGAGGCUGAGCGAAGGCCCAAAAACCUUGCUGUGACCAUACAGUUACUCAAAGUUUAGUGUGCUAACUAACGUUGCCCAACGCGUUUCGAAAUGGUUGCGGCCGGCAAUAUUCACAAUACGCGCAUCCUGCGCUUUCUACUUGUUCUGAUAGUCGUAAUACUCACUAUAUUCAUUUAUGCCUCGUAUUCAACUAAUUCGACUUUAACGCCGACACACAUUCGAGCGGUCCCGCUACCGAUGGCCCAACAGCAGCCUUUCGUAGCAUCUGCGCCAACGCAUGUCAAUCGAUCUAGCGAGUUCGGCUUGGUAACGGGUGGCGAAAAGGGUCCUGAUAAAUUGCCAGCGAGCAAAUCCAACAAACGAGAAGCAGUGGGGGAGGUACACAAAAAAUCUGCACAGCAUCGCCUACCAACAAUUGAUGAGGAUGCUCUGCUCGAUGGCGGAGGCGCUGGUGCCAACGCUGGCGAUCAAAUUGUGAAUGCUGAGAGCGCUGCUGCUGCCGGUGCUGCUGCUCCCGUUGAUGAGAUGCUCGAGGAGCAGCAAUAUAUACAAGGAUUGGAUGGCAUUAUGGGUAACAUCAACAACAGCGAGACCGUAUCUAGUAAACAGGCGGCAUCACAGCAACAACCACACCAACAGUUGCAACAGCAGCAGCAGCAACAACUGCAACAACAGCCACUAGAUGCAGAAAUUCUGAUACCAACAUCCAAUUUACAAAAGUUUAUCGAGAAUGCUGAUAAGAUUCUGAAGAACAUGACGAGUACCAACAGCAGCAGUCCAGUGGUGGCUGUCUUGCCGCCCAGCGAGCAGCGAAUAGAUAAGGUUGUCCAAGUAAACGAUCAGCCGAGUCCGCCGGAGGAGGUACAAAUUAACUUGUUGGACAGCGCAGAGCCUCAGCCGUCUUCCGAUGCUGUGAUGCGUGUAAAGGAUGCCAAUAAAGCAGCAAGUGCACUUGUUGUUGCGGCACCUAAGUCACCAUCCGUUGCUGCCAUUCGAGUCGCGACGUCAAAUACUAAAACGCCGAAAAAUGUGGAUCCCUCAAAGGGGAUUCCCACGAGUAAUAUCUAUGAGAAUGGCCACAUGGAUGAUGAAAUAGAUAUUGAGCGCAUCUGCCCACACAAUGGGGCAUUUCUAAAGUUGCUUAUUCUGAUAACAUCCGCUCAAACGCACACAGACGCGCGCAUGUCCAUACGACAGACUUGGGGUCAUUAUGGCAUGCGGCGGGAUGUGAGCACAGCUUUUAUCCUUGGGCGUACCACCAAUGAGACGCUGGACAACCUGCUAAUUCAGGAGAAUUACAUGUAUGGUGAUCUAAUUCGUGGCAAUUUUAUCGAUUCGUACAACAAUCUAACGCUGAAGACCAUCUCGUCUCUGGAAUGGAUCGACUUGCAUUGCUCGCGAGCCAAAUAUAUUCUGAAAACGGACGACGACAUGUUUAUUAAUGUGCCUAAGCUCCUGACCUUCUUGGAUAAGCACAAGGAGAAACGAGUAAUUUAUGGGCGCUUGGCCAAGAAAUGGAAGCCGAUACGAAAUAAGAAAUCCAAGUAUUAUGUAUCCCCCGAUCAAUUUGCGGCAACAGUAUUUCCCGCCUUUACCACCGGUCCCGCUUAUGUCAUGACUGGAGAUAUUGUACACGAGCUGUAUAUACGCUCGCUGGAGACAGUAUAUUUGAAAUUGGAGGAUGUUUUCACCACAGGCAUUGUGGCUCAGCAACUGGGCAUCAAGCGCGUGCAAGUGAAUGAGUUCCUCAAUCGCCGUAUUUCUUUUAAUCCGUGCAACAUACGGAACGCCAUCAGCGUACACAUGAUCAAAUCGAACGAACAAUUCGACCUGUGGAAGAAGCUGCUGGACCAGACAACCAAGUGUAAAUAGUAUUUUAGAUUUAGAUUGCGAAAUUAAAUUAAUUGAUAAUGAUUUAGAAAACAAAUUGAGAUAAAAAUAUUAGUUUUUAAGUACUAGAAAGAUCCCUAUUACACUGAAUUAAAACAAUUCUCAAUUAUGGUUUUUAGUCUAUGUUUAGCAUUAUAAAUGCCAUUAUUUAAAGCUUAGGUAUUAAGCUAUAAUUGUAGUUAUAUGUAUGUUAUUUUUAAAUUAUACAAUCAACACAUUUUUUAAACUUUG